ACGUGCGGAGGCACUUGCUCAACUUACAAGCCCUAGCUUUGGCAUGUGAGACAACUCACCUUAGGCGUCAUAUACAGACAAGUGAAACCGUAUUACAUAACACGAAUGGAAUAAUUUUCUUUAGCGGUAUAGGGACCACUACAUCUAACAGAAUACCUCGAGUACAGUAUCGUACUAUUAGUAGCAUGCGACGGUGUGCAGAUGUGAGAACGUAUACACUCUUAUGUGAGCCACUUGUGCGUGAGAGAACUGCACUAAAGACGGCUAUUGCGCGUGCGACGUAUUCAACACGACCACUGAUGAGCAUACAUUCGAAUAGAUUGGCGAAUACACAACGAUCUAGCCGUCCAAUAAUGAUAAAAAACUACACCUCAGUGACCUCACACGCCAAACCCAAUCCACUGUUUCGGCACCUUUAUCUGCAUGGAUCUAUGGGAAGGACACGCAUCUCCGCACAUAUAGUAAGGUCUUUCACAUCGAGCGCAUGCAGGAGGCACUCCAAGUACUUCUCAUACAACACAUACGCCUCGAAUAUACUCGUAGGGACAAAGUUUAAACGCAUUCCAUUAAUCUCAGCACUGCGUGUACUGUGGGCGUAUGGUAUAAAGUUCAUACUUGCCAUAGCAACCGUUGUUGUUGUGGUGUUUACAGGAUCCUUCCUGUACGCAGGCAUCCCGAUCUACCAGUUGGCCAAAAGAGAGAAAGCGGAGAAGCUGGAACGAGUG